CGUUAUCAAGCUAACCUUUGAUGAUGAAAUAAUCGUAAAGUAAUAUGAACUCGAAUGAAUAGAAUUCUUAAAAAGACUAUUUUAACUACUUUGUAAGCUAACAUAUAAUUAAAAAUGAAUUGUCAAAACUAGUUGAUUUAUAUAUAUGAAAUCGGUUAAUUAGUGCUUAUAAAAAAUGCUGAUGAUAUAAAUAAUGAUUUAGUCGCUUAACUAAAAAAAAUAAUUUCUAUUGAAAAUGAAGGAAAAUACACUACUUUAAUUCAAAUAAAAUGGUAUUAUAAAAAAGAUGAACUACAUAAGAAAUUUAAUAAUAUUCUAAACUGUAUUAGUUUAAAUGAAAUUUUCGAAACUGAUCAUUAUGAUUAUACAUAUGUUGAUUGUAUUAAUGGACUUUGUAAAAUUUAUUCUUUCGAAGAAUAUGAUAAACUUAAAAAUAUUUCAUAAAAUACUUUCUUUACUAGGGCUAAAUAUUAUACUGCUAAAAAAAAUUAGAUCCUCCUUAUGAAAAAUGGAAAACUGGAUGUCUUUGUUAAAAACCUUUAAAUCCUGAUUUAUUGUAUAUUCAAUGCGAAGAAUGUAAAAUAUGGUUUCAUUCAUUUUGUAUUGGUAUAAAAGAAGAUUAG